AUCGAAGUCUCUACGCGCGGCAGGUCGGUGCCCUGAGAUUACAAAAACAACGUAAGUACGACACCCACCCUUGGCGCGCGCGAGGCGCCCGCUGCGCCGGAGCCCAGCGCUCGUGUCUCGCGCGCCGCGGCGCCCGCCCGCUUACACAUCACACAUGGCUCAGCUGACCUGACUUGGCCAGAAGCCGCGCCGCCGGCCGCGCGGGCCCAGCGAGACCCGCGCGGGCCCGCCCACACCUCCGAGACCCCGCCGCGCGCGGCGCCGCGCGCCCCGCGCGCGACGACAACGACGCGCGGAACUCUCCCGAUACGACCCCCCUCGCAGACAAGACAACCAUGGCCGACAAGAAGGAGGAGCCCAAGAAGAAGCGGUCGCCGAACCGCUUGCUCGUCGACGAGGCGACGAACGACGACAACUCCGUGAUCGCCCUCUCCACCGCAAAAAUGGAGGAGCUCCAGCUCUUCCGAGGUGAUACCGUCCUGAUCAAGGGCAAGAAGGGCCACGAGACCGUGUGUAUUGUGCUCACGGACGAGACGUGCGACGACGCCAAUGUAAGGAUGAACAAGGUCGUGCGCAAGAAUUUAAGGGUCAGACUCGGGGACCUCGUCACCGUGAACGCGUGCGGCGACGUGCCCUACGGGAAAAGAAUUCAUGUGUUACCCUUAGAUGAUACGAUCGAAGGCGUGACGGGCAAUUUAUUUGACGUCUACCUCAAGCCCUACUUCCUCGAGGCCUACCGUCCUGUGAGGAAGGGUGAUCUCUUCCUAGUCAGACAAGCGAUGCACCCCGUCGAAUUUAAAGUGGUCGAGACGGACCCGGCGGAGCAGUGCAUCGUCGCGCCGGACACGGUGAUCCACUGCGAGGGCGAGCCCGUGAAGCGCGAGGACGAGGAGCGCCUCGAUGAUGUGGGCUACGAUGACAUCGGCGGCUGCCGCAAGCAGAUGGCCCAGAUCCGCGAGAUGAUCGAGCUGCCGCUGCGGCACCCUACCUUGUUCAAGACUCUAGGAGUCAAGCCUCCUCGCGGCGUGUUGCUGUACGGCCCGCCGGGCAGUGGCAAGACCCUUAUUGCGCGCGCCGUCGCGAACGAGACGGGCGCCUUCUUCUUCCUCAUCAACGGUCCGGAGAUCAUGUCGAAGAUGGCCGGUGAAAGUGAGUCCAACCUGCGCAAGGCCUUCGAGGAGGCCGAGAAGAACUCGCCCGCGAUCAUCUUCAUCGACGAGAUCGACUCGAUUGCGCCCAAAAGAGACAAGACGAACGGCGAGGUCGAGCGACGCAUCGUGUCGCAAUUGCUCACACUGAUGGACGGUUUGAAGCAGCGGGCUCAUGUUGUUGUGAUUGGCGCGACGAACCGGCCCAACUCCAUGGAUCCCGCUUUGAGACGCUUUGGCAGAUUCGACCGCGAGAUCGACAUCGGCGUGCCCGACGAGAACGGUCGCCUGGAAAUCUUCCGCAUCCACACGCGGAACAUGAAGCUCGACGACGACGUCGACCCCGAGGCCGUCGCGCGAGACACGCACGGCUUCGUCGGCGCGGACAUGGCCGCGCUCUGCACGGAGGCGGCCAUGCAGUGCAUCCGCGAGAAGAUGGACCUGAUCGACAUUGACGAGGAUACCAUUGAUGCCGAGGUGCUCGAUAGCAUGGCGGUGACGCACGACCACUUCAAGUAUGCGCUUGGUGUUUCCAACCCGUCUUCGUUGCGAGAAACGGUCGUGGAGGUGCCCAAUGUCACGUGGGACGACAUCGGCGGUCUCACGGAUGUUAAACGUGAAUUGAAGGAGCUCGUGCAGUACCCCGUGGAGCACCCCGAGAAGUUCGAGAAGUUCGGCAUGUCGCCGUCGCGCGGCGUGCUGUUCUACGGCCCGCCCGGGUGCGGCAAGACGCUCAUGGCGAAGGCCGUCGCCAACGAGUGCCAGGCGAAUUUUAUUAGCGUGAAGGGUCCCGAGUUACUCACGAUGUGGUUCGGCGAGUCCGAGGCGAACGUGCGAGACAUCUUCGAGAAGGCUAGAGGUUCUGCCCCUUGCGUCCUCUUCUUCGACGAGCUGGACUCCAUCGCGGGGCAGCGCGGCGGGUCGUCGGGCGACGGCGGCGGCGCGGCCGACCGCGUCAUCAACCAGAUCCUGACGGAGAUCGACGGCGUCGGUAGCAAGAAGAACGUCUUUGUGAUUGGGGCGACGAACAGACCGGACAUCAUCGAUCCUGCUUUGAUGCGUCCUGGUCGGUUGGAUCAGUUGAUCUACAUCCCGAUGCCCGAUCUCGAGUCUAGAUUGUCGAUUCUGAAGGCCACUUUACGGAAGUCUCCGAUCUCCUCAGAUGUCGACCUGGACUUCUUGGCCGCCAACACGGAGAAGUACACGGGCGCCGACCUCACGGAGAUCUGCCAGCGGGCCGCGAAGAUGGCGAUUCGCGAGAAUAUCGAACGGGACAUGGAGCGCGAGCGCCUCAAGGCCGAGAACGCGACGGGCGACGACGACGCCAUGGACGACGUGGACGAGCCGGACCCCGUGCCCGAGAUCACGCCGUCGCACUUCGAGGAGGCGGUCCGGGCGUCGCGCCGCUCGGUGUCUGAUCGCGAUUUAGCUCAAUACUCGUCCUUCGCCACGACGCUCCACCAGCAGCGCUCCUCCAUCGGCAACACGACCUUCUCCUUCCCGGGCGCGCCGCCGGCGGCGGGCGGCGGCGCGGCGCCGGGCUUCGCGCCCGCGGCCGACGACGAGGACGACGACCUCUACUCCUAG